AGCACCAGACAGCAGGGUGGGGGGAGACAGAGAGAAAGAGGGAGAGUGUAUGUGUGGCCAGAGAGGGAGAGGAUAGAAAGGCAGCCAGAGAACACCAGGGAAACGACACUGCAGGAGCAGAUAAUGGAGGUGCAGUCGGAGUGUGUGGAGCCUCCUGUGGCUCCUCAGUGUGACCCCCAGCCUACGGGGAAAAUCAACAAAGCUGCCUUCAAACUCUUUGGAAAGCGACGCACAGGCUCAGGAAUGGCCAGCUUCUUUUCCUUCAGGAACAAAGGGGCUACAAACAGUGGAAACAACGGGAAUUCUGACAAUGGGAAUUCUUUGAAUGGAAACAGCUCGGUAGCAUCGGUGGAGUUAGUGAGGAGCAAAACACACGAUGGACUAACGAGCAAUGAUGCUGAUGGACAGAGAGGGGAGGGGCUUGCUAGCCUGGAGGCAGGACCAGUGAGGUCCCUCAGCAAAUCCCUGAGUUUUUUUUCUCUUCUCCGACGUGGGAGUUUUAGGUCGGGUGAAAAUGGGGGAGUGGGAAUUGUGAGAAGAGGAAGAGGCCUGAAAGGAUUUUUUAGCAGCAUGAGAUGGAGACGCAAAGAAAAAGCAAGCGAGGGUGAGGGAGAAGAGGUGGACGGUAAGAAAGAAAAGGAUGCUGCUGACUCUGACAAGGUAAAAGACAUUACUCUCACCCUUGAACCACCUCCACAUCAUCACCAAGAGGACUGUGAAAAUGCAGAAGCACGACCUAACCUUCAAGCAACAGACACUCCCAUGACUAGUGUUACCAUGACACCCACUCACUGUGUUGCCAUGCCAGGACCAUCUGGUGAGCCAGACUCCCCUUUUCCUUACACACCCACCGACUCACCACUGCGCCCUUCCAUCCAAAAAGCCAAAGCUUCGAUUUCCAGUCUCACCCCUUCUCUUGCUACACCCCCUUUGGAUCGCUGUAGCACAGGCGACCCACCUUCAGAGCCUUCGGUAGACCGCCUGUGCUCUCUCCUCUUCACUGAUGUCACAUCUCUUAAAAGCUUUGAUUCACUGACAGGCUGUGGUGACAUUAUUGCUGAUGCAGAUGAAGAAGGGCCAGUGGGUAAUGGAGGCAGUGGCACCAGUAGCAGCAGCAGUGGGGGAGGAGGGGGGAGUGUGGGACCAAGCAUUGGGAAAACUGUUGGGAUCUCAAGUGCCACGUCUUGUGGCUCUCCAUCUAAACCUCCUUUACCUUCCCAGAUUACCCAGUCAAUGUUUUCUGUUUCUCAAAGCUCAGCAUGUGCCUCCCUCCCUGCUCGGACCCGAGUGCCUCCUCCACCCCAGCAGCACCCUGCUGGUAGUGGUGUGGUUGCCUACAUGGGUGGAGGAGAAGAAAUGGCAAGUCCAGAAGGAGUGGAUGAUGCAGACAUGCAGGGGCUUUGGCAUAUGUUGCCUUCUACAGGAGACAACUCCCCUGCAUUGCCUCGAUUGCAUCAACCUUCAUCAGCUACCCCAACUUCCACUUAUCCUCCUCGUACCACGCCUGCAAGCAGCCACCUUCCCUCAUCUACCAGAAGUGCAGACAGAAAGGCACCCCAAGUAAAAGCACUGGGACUUAGUAAGAUUCCAGUAGUUGGUGGAUCAGGAAGCCGGGCAGCUAAACCUCCCCUUCCUCACACACAUGGUCGUCAUCCUACAUCACCUGGAGAAAAAGAGCCACUUAGCGAUGAGGGCUACUGGGACACACCCUCGGCAACUCCAACAGCAACACCUGAUGAGACUGGCUUACAACGUGAUCAGAAAAUAGCCCUAUCACGUGAUAGUUGCUCUGGGGACCACCUGUAUGACCUCUACAAUGAACCUGAGGAGGAAGGAGAAGAUCAUGUUAGAGAUGAAGAUCUAAACAGUACUCCCUCGCCAUCCACUGAAUACAAAAUGAGUCCCACAUCCCAAACAAGCCCCCCUUCCUCCUCCUCUUCCUCCUCUUUCCGAUCAAUGAAAGGCAGCACCAGCCUUCCUCGAGAGUCCAAGAUCCCAGUAAGCACUAAACAAGCCUCACCUCCCCACUCUGUAAGCCAGUCAGCUCUGUCAUCUGUUCUGGAGGCGGAAUCCCCUCCAUCAAAGACUCAACCACCCCCACCAGCUCGCACUAGAAUCCCUGUAUCCAAGGUACCUGUUCGUCGCUCUGGAAACAAACCUGGCAGCACAACCAGAGGAGCCGCACACAAGAAGUAAUUUAUCAAAUGGUUGAUUCUCUUCUGCUAUUGGACUUGAGUGUACAUUACUACAGUGCUGCUUAUGCAGAGCCAAAAGCUUUCCCAGACCAAGUAAAAUGUUGAGCUGUAGAGGUAACAGCCUACAAAUUCCUCUCAAAUCUUAAAAGCUCUCAUUCCUUAGAUUUUUUUUUUGGCUUAUAAACAGGUUAGCCUAUAAUAAGUGGCCUUGGUCACUAGAGAAAGUCACAAGGACACUCCAAAAAGCAGGGUUAAUAUUUCACAGAGCUUAGUCGCACUUUGGAGUUUGACUGUUGACAAUCCACAGACUUGUUUAAGAUCUAUCACCUUGUUAUUUCUUGGAAAAGUUUCUGACCUGCUGGAAUUGACAGCCACUUUUACUGAGAAGGCAAAACAAGCAGAGCACCUUCUAUUAUUUUCGUCAUUUUUCUUUUCUAUGGAGUUCCACAUUUGCGCAUGAGGACCUAAUCUGAUCAAAGUUCAUAAUUAUUAUUAUUUCUAACUUAAUUAUUAUUUUGUCAUCUUGUCUAAUCCAUAACAAAUUACCUCCUAACCUUGUGACUUUAGAGCCAAAGUUUAAAGAAAACACACACUCUUGAUUUUCUAUUUUUUUUUCUCAACAAUCUCAGCAAUGUCUGCAAUCUUUAAUAAAUACCUAUUUUUAUUUGGCCAUUGUACAAGUUUUUUUGCUGUUGUUGUUUUUGUUUUUCACAUUGGUCUUCUUGUGACCUCACACUGAUUAUAAAACUGUAUGUUUAAAUCUGAUCCUGUUUUAUUACUUGUUCACUUUGCAGCUACAAAGCUGCCUUGCAAAUGAUGGCACAAAAUCCAUUUUUCUUUUGGAGGUGACCUCCUCUUUGUUGACUGAUGUAUUUUUGUUGUUGUUGUUGAUUGGACUCAGUAAGGCUUCUUUUGGAUCUCAUAUACAUCCUGUUGCAUUUUUGAGAGAACAUUCCUUGGAUACCAAUCUCUGGGAUAUACAGUUGUUUAAUUUCUAACAGAAACCUGCAAAACUAUUGCAAUACUCCACCUGGAGGGAUCCUUUGCACUGAUGCACCAUUGUUUAUCAACACAAACUCUGCACCUGCACAUUCAAAAUCAGGCAUGCACACAAAAAAAUUUAUUUCUCUCUGCAUGCAGUGCCACACACCUGAGGCAUAAAAGUCAGGGAAUGUCAUCUAAUGCUAAAGGAUUCUUAUUUUCUGAACACUGUUCAACACUUGUCCCUCUCUUUGUAGCUGCACUGGAAAACUUUUUUCUUUGAGGACAUAUAUGCCAUGUUUCGUAGUAGAAUUCUUCACUGGAUUUCACAUUUGUCUCAUUUUAAAGGUUUUGCUGUCUUUAAUUUCACAGCACAAAUCUUAAACUGUGAUUGCACCAACUUCUCCUAUUUACUUUCCUUCCUCUUUAGUCUCCUUUGUACAGGCUGAUAUUCAGAAAGCCACCCUCUUCAGUUCAUGAUUUUUUCCUGGUAUAUAAACGGCUGAAUUGCAGCUGUUUGUGAAUCUGAAUGUAGCUUGACGUUGUAACACUGUAGAUUCUUUCCUCAUUGUCCCUCUUUCGUGGGAGUCAGACAAAUGGUGGAUUUAGCUGUUUUCUAAGUCCUUCAAGCUCUGAAAAAUGAAGACAAACCACUGCUCAGUGUGUAUGGCCUUGUAAAGCUCCACUUGUUUUAAAAGUGUGGGGGUGUGCUACAGUCCCAAGAGGCCUUUGUCAGUCAUUCAGUGAGACAAGUUACAAGGGGCAGAUUGUCCCCUGAUUGGAUUUGAUUUUUAUAGGAAAAGACAUUGAAGAUGAUGGAAGCCACACACAGAAACUGUUGACCCUUGGGGGUCAUGCUAGUUCAUAACUUUGUCUCAUUAAGAAUGUAAUGAUUGAUCCACCACACUGCUACAGGUUUGGAUUCCUCUUUAGCCCCCAGAUAAAGAAGUGUAGGACAGAACAUAGCGUAACCUGAUUCCAGGUCCGCAGCAAGAAUAUCCCCAGCAAUGUAGAAAGGGCAAACAAAAGGUCAUUUAGGGUAUAACAGAGUUAUCAUGCAGGUUUGUUUUCUCUGCCUGUGUUGUGCUCUUUGCCCUUUUUGGUUUAUUCUAUAAUAACUUCUGUAAUAAGUCUCCAUUCAUUUGAUUGCUGAUUGACAGGAGUAACAUGCGUUUUCCUGGAUGAUGCUUAUCAAAUGUUAACCCAAUUCUUUGCCUGAAAUGUUUUAGUUUGUGAAUGUAAAAGCUGUGGACAAAUGAUAUCAGUGCUAAUUUUGAGAAAGAAUCUGGAAUUAUGAGCUAGUCAAGGACUGAUCAUCAUGCAAUAUUUGUUUAAAUGCAGCAUCCUUCAUAGCUAAUAUUCUCUUUCACAAGUCAAAGUUUGCGUGUGAAUUAAACAACUUUGUAUUUUCCACAGUUCUUUUUUUCUUUCAUCGAAUUUUCUAACAUAUAAACAUUCCUAAGACCGCCAUGCUGCCAGAUUCAGGUCCAUGUAUUCACUGCUGAAUGAUACUUUCUUUCUUCUUUCUGAUUAUAAAUCUGGGCCUUUAUUUGAGAAUUUUGAACAAUGAAAAACACAUUUGUUUUCCUUCUAUUUAUGUUUGUUUACAGUGUAAAAUUCUUCCACUUUUUGGUUUUGAUUAAUUAAACUAUUUGUGCUGGUAGAUGA